UGUGUUUGUGUGAAUGUGUUUGAAUGAGUGCAUGCGCUCACAGCAACUGGCAGAGGUGACAGUCAUCAGUUUCACUCAUUUGGAAUAAAUGAAAAGCUUCAAACUCUGGAUACUUACAUGAACCAGCAAUGUCCUGUGUACAAACACAGUAUGCAUCCAUGCCCCAUGACAACUUCUUCAGCUCUGAGUUCUUGAAUUCUGACCUCAGUGCCAAAUUGGUAAUGGACAUCGGUGGCCAAAAGGAUCAGCUGUCUACAUCUUCGCUGCCCAGCAUCAACACCUUGGUGGGAAAUGGGUACAUGGGGGAGUUUGAUGGCUAUUCUUGCAAGAUCACCACCUCUCCUCCCAACUCUACAGUUUCAUUCAGCCACACCGCUGUAACUGAAAGUCCUCAAAUGCAGAGCCAAACCUUCAAGCUGGAUGAUCUCCAGGUGUAUGGCUGUUACCCAGGUUCCUUUGCGUUCAGCUGCUAUGAUGAAACUCUUUCCUCAUGUGGCUCUGACUACUAUGGCAGCCCAGUCUAUGCCACUGCUUCUUCUCCGACACCAGGCUUCCAGACGCAGUCUGUACAUGUCUGGGAUUCCCCUUUCAGCACCUACCCCUCAGCCCCCCAAGCCUCUGUGGCUGAUAAAGCUGCCAUGGCCCAGCAGCUCUCUUUUUUCUCCUUCAGCCCCACACCAGAGCAGCACUCUCCCUUGGGCCAGCAUCAGGAGUCGAACCAGGAUGACCCUUUCUUCCUGCCUCCUCAGCAGCAUGUCUCCCCACUUCAUUGUCCCCCUAUUUCCCUGGACCACAGACCCCUCGAAAGUCCUAGGUCAGUGGAUGGGGCCAUGAUGUCUCCCAAAAACCACAGCCCAGGGUCCAGUGAAGGUCGCUGUGCAGUUUGUGGUGACAAUGCAUCCUGUCAGCACUACGGAGUCCGCACCUGUGAGGGCUGCAAAGGAUUCUUCAAGCGAACUGUACAAAAAAAAGCAAAGUAUGUGUGUCUUGCCAAUAAAGACUGCCCGGUGGACAAGAGGAGGAGGAACCGCUGCCAGUUCUGUCGUUUUCAGAAAUGUCUCGCAGUUGGGAUGGUUAAAGAAGUGGUUCGCACUGACAGCCUGAAAGGGCGCCGGGGCCGCCUGCCCUCUAAACCUAAGAAUGUGACUGAGGCUUCAUCCACGACCCCAAGUGUCAACAUCAUAGCCUCUCUUGUCAAGGCUGACAUGGACUCAAACCCAAGCAUUGGACAGCUUGAUUACUCCAAGUACCAGGAGACAGUGGACAACCUGAAAGAAAAGGUGGACAGCGGUGACAUCCAGCAGUUUUAUGACCUUCUGACUGGUUCUUUGGAUGUAAUAAGAUCUUGGGCUGAAAACAUCCCAGGCUUCACAGAUUUCUGCACAGAGGACCAGGAGCUACUCCUAGAAUCUGCCUUUGUUGAGCUCUUCAUUCUGCGACUCGCAUACAGGUCAAAUCCAGGGAAGGAUAAGCUAAUCUUUUGUAAUGGCUUGGUACUCCAUCGACUGCAGUGCGUCCGCAGUUUUGGUGACUGGAUCGAUUCUAUCAUGGACUUCUCCCAGAACCUUCACCGCAUGAACCUGGAUGUGUCCCUGUUUGCCUGCCUUUCAGCACUCGUUAUAAUCACUGAUCGCCAUGGGCUCAAAGAGCCAAAGCGGGUGGAGGACUUCCAGAAUCAUCUCAUCACUUGUCUUAGGGAACAUGUAAGUGGAAAUGGCUCAGAAACGAUUCGGACCCAGCCCAGCUAUCUCUCAAGGCUUUUGGGCAAACUCCCUGAACUAAGGACUUUAUGCACUCAGGGCCUACAGCGAAUCUUCUACCUGAAACUGGAGGACCUAGUCACUCCUCCACCAAUAGUGGAGAAAAUCUUUAUGGACAUUCUGCCGUUCUGAAAAACAUAAACACAAAUGUGUUCAUUUAAAGUUAUACAGAAAGUUUUACAAAGGACUUCAUGGGAGAACUUCCUUCUGUCGCACUGACUUACAUGACAAAUGUCUGAUACUGUUCAAGAGACCAUUAUUUUUGUAACAUUGGGUAAAAAAGAUACAUAUGUUACCUGGUAUUUACAGUUCAUGAAACAGGUAAACUGUAUAUUUUCUGUGUGCAUUUUAAAACAACUUUAUUGCUGUGCUAGGUGUGUGGAUGUUGUCCUGUUAUGCAGCUAGUAAGACAUGGUUAUUCGGGUAGAUGCAAUGCAGUGUUACGUGCUCAGCUUUUCCUUGACACAAAAUAAAUACACUAAUUUUUUUUUUUUUUUUUUAAAGUAUUUUUGCAGCGUAGCUCUUUUAGCCCACUUAAAACCUUAGGUAGUAGAUUUUAUACAAGUGCAGAAACACAAAACGUUUCUUCAAAUUACUGUGGAGAGUCCUUCUUUUCCAAAGCAAAAUAGUUACUUAUAGAUAGUUGAUGUCAAAAUGCGCACGUUGAAGGUCUAGGACCAAAGUUUACUCUUAUUUUUUAUAAUACCACUUACAGACCUUAUUGCCUUAAACUUAAACAUAACACAUAAUAUACUAUGACUCAUGUGCUGCCAUUUUGCAACACAUUUUAAAAGCUGAUUACGGCGGUGUUCUUGUUAAACCACAAUGUAAAAAAAAGUGGGCCUUUAAAGACACAAAAAUUGAUUUGCUGAAUGAAAACAGAAAAUGCCUUAUAUAAAGCCUCAGCCUUCAAACCAUAAUGAGUGACACUAAGUGAAUUGUUAUUGCAUAUAUCACAUACAGAGAGCCCCAUGUAGUAAUGAUGGAAACUAUCCUUGUUAAUGCUGCAAUUAGAAUAGAUCUCACAUGUGACUUCUGAUUAUGAUUUCAGAUUGUGUAUCCGCUUUUGUAAAGUGCCUGAGGGACACAAUUGUCAGUACAGUGAAAAAGAGCAUCUAAGACUUUAAAGCACAUUUCAAAUAGAAGGGCUAUCAAGUGAUGACAGCUGGUUUAGGAUCUACAAAUAAUGUCCUGUUGACAUGUUCCUCAGGCAGUGAAAUCCAGAACUACAUUUGAGCUGUCCAGCUUAUGAUUGAGUUAAGUCAAAGCACAUUUUAGAGUCUCCUUGAAUCUACAAUUAGACACAGCAUCUCCUUUCUAUGAUUCGUUUUAACCAAACAGCACUGUAAAAAUCCACUUGCAUAAGCAGACCAUGAUGUUUAACAUCAGUUAGUUUAUUGUCUUUGCCAGCAAAUACCUACCCAAGGGAUCUAAACCCCAACUUUCUGUUUGUAAAACUCUCGUACUGUCUUCCACAAUCUUCUGAAUGGUGUCCUUUUUUUACACGUUGAUUUCUUUUUUUAAAUCUCAGAACGAGCUUAAGGAAAAACUUAAGGAAUCACAGUGAUGAGAUGAGCAGCUAAAAGCACUUCAAAUGUUGUUCCAACAAAAAGAAGAGCUUCUUUCUUCUACUUUGUGUUUUUUGACAUGUGUGUUUGGAAUUUUAAAAAAAAAGUACUGCCAGGAUUUUCAUAAAAGGGUGCAGGAAUAUGAAAAGAGAAUAUUUGAUAAUAAAAUUUUAAAUUACA